AUGGAUGAGAGUUCAACUAAAUCUCUUAUAUCAGAUUCAGAGGUUGAAGAAUGCGAGACGAUCUACUGGAAUGCACAAAACAAUUACUCGAUAGCAGAAAGUUUCCUUCCAUUGGGAUCUGUGGGCGAUGAGGAGAGCAGUGUAGUUUCUUCAACUGUAGUGAACAAUGCAAUUUACGACAAGAAGACUCGUAGACGGCUACGAGAGAGAACCGCGAUUCAACGAAACCCUUACAAGAUUGAUAAAUUGAAUUACAAAUUUUUGUUUGAUGGACUUGAUGCAACAAACAAUGAGGGAUGUAAAAGGUCGGCUAGGAAAGAUUCUUCAGCGAAAUCGAAGCAAGACGUGGACGUAUCUCAAAAUUUGUUGGAAGAUACGCAGGAUUGGCUUGACUUUUCUGUAAGUUCUGACGAAAGUUUUCGUACCGACUUUUCCGUAGAUGGGAGGUUCAGCGGAGACGAAGCAGAGAAAACUGGAUAUGAGACAUCGAGUACGAUACCAUCCAUCGCUCGGAAUACUAAAGUUGCAAGUUCAAACGACUUUCAGAAGCCGGGAACAAUACAUCCGUCAUCCCAGUUAGUGGUAGAUCACGUAAAUUUGUUCAGCGGUGCGUCACGCCCCAAGAAGGACGCACUAGACCGGCUUAAUAUAACCGAUCGUCAUUCAGAGCCUAUUGGACAAAAUGAAGAAACACACGAUGAAAAUUUGUUUAUUAGUCGUCCUGAUAUUGAAGUUAUUAGCGAUAGUGAACCAUUUUCCAACGCAACUGAGGCCAAAGAAGUUAGCCAUGAAAUUAAUUUCAUGCUUGACAGACCAAAAAGGAAACACGAAACUGCUCGUCGUCUUCGUCGUCGAUACCAUCGUGAAAAGCAGUCAAACAUUGUCAAUUCGUUGGCCCGCACUAAAAAAAAACCCGGGUCUCAUCAAAUCAAGCAGCGUUCUGCAGGUACGAGAUCAAAUUUUGGUUUGACGAACCCCAAGAGGACCAUAAAACGAGUCAAAACUCAGCGAUCGGAACGAUCUAGAGAAACAAGUGGACGAAAAAAUAAAGAAUCUUUACAGCAUUACUUUAAACCUGUACCCGCGCUUACACUUCAAGCCAGUGAAAUAACCCAACACACAAACAAGAGAAACAGGCAGUUUUUUGAAACUGUUGUCGAGAACGAGGCGUCUGAAUUUACUGUAUUGCAUUCAAACGAACGCGCCUAUCCUGAGGACACUCGUUUUCAUACUCCAUCAAGGAGCAAAUCUCGGUCUGACUCCAUAAUACCGAUAAUAAUCUCAAUUGUUAACGACGAGCCUCUAGAUCCAUGCCAAUCAUUCACGGCCUCUUUGUCUGGUAAACGGUAUACCGUUUCCAAGUUCUCACCGAUCUGCAUUCAAGAGAUCCGCCAAAUUUUUGAACAUAUCAUCAAAUUGGGAGCAUCUGAAAUAGAAAUAUUGAAGCUCGCCCGAUUCCUGUUAUUAUUUUGCAAUUUAUGCGACCUUCCUGAUCUCAAAAAUGCCGUUGAGUCAUUCCACAUCGAAUUCCGAUCAAAGGUCAAUUCUUUGAGGGAUCGUGCCAAAGCCGUGCAUUUUUAUCAGAUCGCAAUUUGUCAAGUUCUGUUGUUUCAAGUCUCAAAAUUCAACAACAUACCGUCAAGCGUCAGACAAGAAUUACAAUCAAAGAUAAUUGACAAUACGGUUGCCUGUGUCAGGCUUCUUUCAAAAUGCUAUGCUAAGGCGACAGCUGACGAUAUAAGUUUGCUCAAGGAUAGCAUGCAAAUGUUAGGCAUCCUCUUAACUAAGCAACAAUUGACCAUCUCAUUUUGGGAAAGAUUGUCUGCGUUUUCUUUACAGUCUGAGCUGCUGCUCUUCACACUAGAGAUGUUCCCGGUACAUCAUACUUUCUGGAAUGCUUUGGAUAUUGGUGGUAACUCUUUCAAUUCAAUGUCGUCAAAUAUUCUCUUUGUGGAAUCGGCUUUGAAUACGCACUUGUGGAAAGCCGACGACUAUCUGUUGCUCCGACUCUACGAACUGUUUAAGAGAAGAAAAUUCACAGAUUUUGAAGAAGAGAGAUCAAAAAUGAGUUCUGAUGCUGCUAUCAUCUCGAGCCAUCUAGACGUAGGGCCAGCAACUCUUUUUAACAGAUUUUUGGCUAUAGUGAGCACUUCAAACUUAUCACAGGCCAUGAUUGAGAAAAUGACUCCCCUGAGCGAACUAACAACUCAUGAUAGUGAGACCUUGCUUGUCAAUCGGAUUAAUUUGCUAAUAGUAUUGGCUCGAAAAUCUAGGAAGAGUCAUGAAAAACAGCUAGAGAGUCUUGUUUCGCCUUUUCUUGCAGGGGACAAGCAGCCCAGAAUGACCGAACGUUCUUUUAUUUCAAUUUUGAGUGGUGUCUCAUCCCUUCUUGAAUUGAACUCCUCUAGGGACGUGCCAUUCAAAGGAAGAAUUCUAGUGUCAUUGUGUCAGGUCACCGUGAAAGCGCAUCGCCCCGGGUUAGACAACCAAUGGAAUAGUUUUUUGACUCAAAUCCCAUCCUUCGUUGAAAAGAUGGGUAAAACGAAAGGCGUUUUUCUCAAAGGCUGCUUUCCCACUUUAACAUGCAUGAUUGAGGACCGAACAAGAUUCGUAACUUUGACAUCAAUCUUUUCGUUAUAUGCCAAUAACGUUGAAAGCUUGGAAGCUCCUUGGGUUCAGACGCAUCUCUAUCAAUUUCUAAUUACCAAUGCUCCCAAAGACGUUCGCUUGCUCGAUCCUUGUUGCAAAGUGAUGAACUAUUUGGUUGGCGAGAAUAGGCUAACUUGGUGGUCCAUUCUCAGUUACAAUCCUUUCGGCGAGCAAGAUGAUAUAAAGCUACAAUUUUUAACAAAACUGUUGACGUAUUGUGGCAGAACGGUCUUUGAACAGAUCAAAUUUGCACUUUAUCAAGUUGUAGUGGAAUUGUUGUUGAGGCGAGCAGACUCCCUGUUUGUCAAGUAUCUGCUAUCACUUGCGGGAAAAGAUGAGAACUUUAAACCUCAAAUCUAUGGGUUUUCAUUUGUCGGGCACGUUGAAUUGAUAUGCAAGGUUUUGAGGGCUUUCGAAGCUGCAGGAUACGUCAAUCUGAUCAAAGACUGUGUUAAGAAUUUGAAAGUUGACUUUCUGCAACAGCCAAAUAAAAGAGAUCUCCAUGCAAGAAUUAUGGAAUUCAUCAAUUCAGGUUUCUUCGAUAAAGUGAAGGCGGAAGACGAUUUUUUGUAUCUCAAAGAGCAGUUUAAUAUUUCCAACGUCGAAACGGAAAAAAGCGCGUUUCGAGAAUUACUGAGAAUGAAGACUAAUGAUUUUGAGAGGGCGUUCUUAGUUCAAGAUCGAUUGGUCCAAUCUUUCAAGAACAGGGGAAAUUUUUUGGCCUUUGUUGACGCCUUAAAGUGCUCUUUUGCCCAAAAUGUCUAUGAAAACGACAUUACAUUUAUUUGUUCCCUCAUUCAGGUGAACGCAAUGAUCAAUUGGAAUACAAGAUCUGAUAUAAACUGGGCUCUUCUCUCAGUGUUGGUUGGCAUCAUCAACAAAAUGAUGGGCGAUCAAUGUUGCCAGGUUAGUCCAAGCGAGUUUUUACCAUUAAUACAGUUGCACCAGCUGCUUUGCCAUGGCUUCUCAAGAACACUAGUGAUUCGAAAAAAUUCACUUAUCUUGAAUUUUUGGGUUGAAAUGUGCACUUUUAUGCGACGUAUACUUAUGCUCGCUUCUGGGUUUGCAGAGUAUGAUUCUCUUAUAGAAGAUACAAGGCUAUUUUUGUCUCGUCCUGUCGCCGAAGCAAGUUUCUGGCAGAAAAUGACAAGUCCGUUAUUCAUUUCGGCGAAAGUAACGCUAAAACACGCGGAAAAACUCGAUCCUGGAGCCUGUAUAGAGAAGACACCUGAGCAUGUUUUGCGGGACAAAACUGACGCUCUCAUUUCACAAUUAAAGGUUUUGACGAGUUAUCGACAUUAA